AUGGAAGAAAAAGGUCCUCGAUAUUUACCUGACGACAUGUCCUCCUUAACGCCUUCCGAAGUCACCGUUGACGACGUCGAAGUCGAAGAAGUAACCGAGGAAGAUGUCAUCGAACGUCCCAAAUACUCCGAAGACGAGCUCCAAACUCUCGUGAAUUACGUCAAAGGCAUGGUGACACUUUUCAACUUGCAUCCCGAUGACUUUACGACAAACGUCACGAACCAAAUCAAAAAUUGGCUCAUCGAAGUCACGGAAUUGCUGCUUCUUGUCUUCUACGAUGGCACAAUUUUGCAUGCGGCAACAGCUUUUCCCUUGUCGCCCAUUGGCGACGUUUGUUAUUUCAUGCGAGCGCCGAAUUUCAUCUUCACCGUUGACAAUUUUCACGAUGAAAUUAUCUUCGGGUCUGUGGCGGGCGACGUUGAAGGAGCGAUUUUGCACGUCAUGGAAGCCGUUUAUGCGCCCGCUUUUGCCGAAACGCAAGAAUGGGAUGAAAACAUCAAGGGGAAUAUUCAGUCGAAUGUGCACUUGUUCAUGUCGUAUUUGACGGAUUUGCAUUACAAGAUGAGCGGAUUGACGCGACUUUACAUUCCGUACGAGUCGAGUACGAAAAGUGUCGAGGACUGCGCCAAAGAUAAGUGGUUGGUGAAGCGAUUGGAGUCAAUUGUGCUCUUUUGGACGCAAAAAAUACGGAUUUGCUUGGCAGAUAACGAUCAAUUGGUGCCGCAUGAGAUUACCUGUCCUGCUGAUGAGUACAAUUUUUGGGUUUAUAAAUAUGAAGUCCUCACUGCUCUCAUUCUCCAAUUCGAAUCUGAAAACUACAAACACAUCAUUGAAAUCUUGGAAAAAGUUCAAAGUCUCACAAUAAAACAACUCAAAGAGCUCAUGCAAGAAACUUUUGGCAAAACUGCCCAAACUCGUGACAAUUACCUCCAUCUUCAACUUUUACUCGAACCUUGCAAAACUCUCGAAAGCUUGAACGCCACAAGUCCUUUGUCUGAAUUCGCCGAUUGCAUCACCGAGAUCAUGCAUUUGAUCCACGUGAUCUGGACCAACUCAAAAUAUUAUCGCAAACCGGAAAACGUUGAAACACUUUUAAAAUACUUUAGCAACGAAAUCAUCAUGGUUUGUUCGAGCAAAGUUGAUUUGGCGAAAAUUCUUACGAGUGCCCCGCGUCACGGCAUCAAAGUUUGCGACAUUUUUAUCACGUGGUGCUUGAGCUACAAGAAAAUUCUGCAGAAACUUUUUCUCUAUUACGAGUCGACAACGGAAGCUGGUUGGAUAAAAGUUGACGAAGUUUUUAUUUUUAACCAAAUCGACGCCUUUAUUCAACGUUUGCAGGACAUGAUCGAAAUCUGUGACGCCAUGAUUGCUUUCGGGAAGCAAGAUGAAGACUCAAUUAUGCCAACGAAGCCGCGGUUUACUUGUAACAACGCCAUUGAGUUGGAAGGCAUGUUCGAUCAAAUCGAGAUACUUUUUCAAACGGGCAUGAAAACAAUUUUUGCUUCUAUCGACAUGAUUUUGAAUUUACACGAAAAGGCUUGGCACACGGUAAAAACAAAUUUCAAACAAUUGAUAAAAAACAUCGAGGAAAUUGUCGAGAACUCCAUCACGAGCAUUUUCGUCAAUAUCGAGAACAACAUCGAAGAGAUGCUGGAAGCGCUCACUGCCAUCAUUAAAUAUUCGGCCAAUCAUCGUAUUCGGGAGACGUACGUGAAAAAAGUCGGUGAGAUGUGGAACUUUUUGUACGGCGAGAUAAUGGAGACGAGUAAAUUUCAAGCGGGCGGCAAAAAGGAGAGAUUUGCCAAUAUCGGGCAUUAUUCCGAGAAUAUUAUCGCUUUGAAAGUGCGUUACAGUCGUUUGGAGCGUUUUGUGAAACUUUUGACCGACGCUCAUUAUCUCCCUUCGCACUUGACGUCUGACAUGGUGACUUCUACUUUUGAAAAUAAUCACAUAAUGACGCAAAAAUCCAUCAAAAAUCUCGCUGAAGAUUGGAUCGAUGCAUGGAAUAAUCGAACGAGAUUCACAAAUACGCUCAUGGCUUUUAGUAUUUCGUAUCCGGGGCUGUUGGAAUGCAACAUGGAUGAGCAAACGCGGAUUCUGAUCGAUGACUCGAAGAUGAUUGAAAUGUUGGAGAUGAUUCCGAACACUUAUACCGUCAAAUAUAAGCCGAUGAAGUGCUCUUAUAAGAAUGUCGUGAAGAUUGUUUUGGAUUAUAAUCUUAUUUCGUCGUCGUUAUCGGUGAAGGAAAUGAUGCUGUUCAGGAAUUUAAUAACUGCGUGUGAGAGAAAAGCUCAUUCUGGCAUCCAUAAGUUCAAUUGGACCGAGGAAGUGAACGAGUAUUUUGUGACAGAGUGCAUUAAAUCUAUAAAAGAGACAAACAUGUUCCUUGACUUUUACAAGAAAGUAUGCGACGACAUCGUCCUCUUGUGUGAACGUAUCUGCAGCACCAACAUUCUCGCUUUGCACACAAACUCCGUACUCGAGUUAGAUGUCGUUAAACAGCGUUUAGAAAAGUCUGCUGAAAUCGCUCGUUUGGAAAUUCUGGAAAUUUUUCAAACAAUCACAAAUUACACUUUAAUCCUCUUCGAGCGUUUUUCUCAACGAACAACAAAAGUCACGAAACCUUGGAUCGAAUUCGUUCAACGCAUCGACAGUUUGUUCCAAGAAUCGAUUCUCGUCUGUGUCACAAGUUCUUUGGACAAAUUCUUGCAUCUCUUAACAGGCAGCGGAAGUUUCCGAGCUGAUCCAAUUAUAAAUUUUGGAGUUACAAUCGAAAAUGCGACAAUUGUGUUUGAUCCGCCGCUGUCUCAUAUCGAACAGUUUCUUCAAAGUUUGUUGCUUCAUUUGAGCGACAUGUUCAUGGUGAAUUUCUCGCUAUGGAAAAAGUUUGAAACGGAAAAGUCAGUUUUUGUGAGAGAUGGAUUGAAGGCGAAUCCGAUCAACAAGAGGAUUUUGGAAGCAAUUGAGCAUACGAAAAAUGAGUUGGAGAAAUAUUUGCUGCUGUGGAAGCCGAAGAAGGUUUAUCAAGAUGUCAUGACUGAAGUUGAAUCCACGACGACAACUAAAAAUACGGAAGAUUAA